ACGAAGACUUACGGGAUUUCGAGCCGAGGCAGCAGCAGCAGCUGCUGCAGCAGCAGGAGCAGCAGGAGCAGCAGCAGCAGGGUCUGCUGCAGCAGGGAGAGUGCUGCUGCACUGAGCGGCUCUUCGAUUUGCUGCUGAGGAGGUUCCUCGCGCAGCAGCAGCUGCAGAGGCAGCAGCAGCAGCAGCGAGCAGACGGAGCAGCAGCAGCAGACCCUGGCGCAGCAGCAACUUGUCCUUGUGGCGUCAGGGGGGCCCCCAUCAGUACCCUAAUUCGCUUGGCGAGGCCUGGAGAGUUUGCGCUGCGGUCUUUUUUGAAUGGCAAGAAAAAUGUUCACCAGCUGCAUGCGCUGGGGGCUGUGCUGCAUGCCGGGGGCUCUGCGCAGCUGGGCAAAGCUCUGCUGCGGCUCGCGGGGGGCCCCCAACGGCUGGGCCUUUUGAAGAAGUGGCGGGGGGCCCUCGUGGGGGCCCUGGGGGCCCUGGAAGCAGCUUUGGCUGUGGGGGAUGACCAGCAGCAAACUGCAGCAGCAGCAGCAGCAGCAGCAGCAGCAGCAGCAGACCCCGCAGCAGCACAGGUCCUCGCGCAGCUCAACAGCGAACUCGCCAGAAUUGCUGCGCAGGCCCAGGCCGAGGAGGGCCCCAAACUGCUGCUGCUGGGGCCCCCCAACGCAGGGAAAAGCAGCCUCUACAACUUGCUGCUGGGCCGAGAAGCUGCAAUUGUUGCUGCUGAAGAAGGCACAACGAGGGACUUGCUGAGCAGCAGCAUUUGCUGCAGCAAGGGGGGCAGCAGUUUGCUGCGGCUGCAGCUCACAGACUGCGCGGGGCUGAGGGCUGCUGCUGCUGCUGCUGCUGGGCCUGCUGCUGCUGCUGCUGCUGCGGGGGUGGGCGCUGUGGAAGCAGAAGGCAUUCGACGGGCUCUUGCUGCAGCAAGAGACAGCGACCUGCUGCUGCUCGUUUUGGCAGCGAAGGAACUGCAGCAGCAGCAGCAGCAGCAGCAGCAGGAAGAAGAGCAGCUGCAGCAUCUGCAGAAGCAGCUACAGCAGCUGGGCGAGGCCCUUAAGGGCAUAAUGAGCAGCGAAAGGGAGACACAGGGAGCUCCUCGUUUGCUGCUUCUCGUCAACAAGACAGACCUGCUGCUGCAGAGCCAGCAGCAGCCCCUCAGCAGCAGCAGCAGCGGCAGCAGCAGCGGUUCUGGCGCUGCAAGCGGCGCUGCUCACAAGCAGCAAGACGAAUCAGCAGCGGCAGCAGCAGCAGCAGCAGCAAGC